CAACGAACAAAUUAAUCAAAGUACAGAACCAAAAUAAUGUCCAGUUCGAGUUAUUCAGUCCUAAAAAAUAAAAAAAUACAGAAAUAUAAAUCCUAUUCUAAACUAAUCUUAAACUAGGCUCCAAUGUUUUACCCAAUGACUCAGGCCUUCAUCACGAACCUCCUUUGCAUACAUGAUACGUCGGGACAUUCCCCGAAUAAAUUAAUUCAAAUCCCUCGAGGCAUUCUCUGGCCAAAUGAGCACAAUUUUAAUUUUUGUACGAUAAAGUAGAACGAACCAUCCACGCACAUAUUCAAACACUCAACAAAUUUUGAUUCUUAAAUUUGCUUACCCUGCUUAGUGUUUGCCUACUAAUUCACCCUAAAACAUGAUAUUAUCAAUUUUAAUGAUGUCAAAGUUUAUUCUGAAUUAAACCAACAAAUAAUGAAUCAAACUAAACACUAUUCACUUAUGAUUGAUUUCAAUUCUCAAUUCCACCCCAAUCUAAUUUUAAAUCAAAAUUCAAACAUAACAAAUCACACUACUAUUUUCGACAAUUCACAAUCAAUUAUUCAUCACCAACAGAGAUCAACCAACACACAAUAUUCCAUUCAAUAUAUCGAAUAUCACAAAUAAUAAAAUAAAAAUAGAGAAAGAGUAGAAUUGGACCUCGAUUUAUAACUUUCAAACUCAAAUAUCAAUCGAGUAAAAAGACAAAAACCGCGUACGAAUAUCCCGAGUAGAAACCUCAAAGACGAAAAAACUCCAACCUCGGUAAUGAAAAAUUGAAACCUGAAACUGAUUCCGACGAAUCGAUUGAGGCGAAUAGAACCUAAACCCCAAACUGAUAAUAAAGAAGGUAGUGUCCCACAACGGAAAACAUGACAAACACCUAAACUUAACAUUUUCUAAUGAGUUUUCGAAGCUGGCUCAAUUGGAGUUAUUGUUUUCUCAGCGUCGGAGCUCCGGUGAGCUCAGACGAGGAUGAAAGAUAGUGGACGGACCAAAAUUUAGGCAGCAGUGGCAUUUUUCGGUGAAGACUUCGCCGAAACAAUCAGCCCGUGUCUCUUUUCUCUCCUCUCUUGCUUAAGUAUCUCUCUCUUCUCCCAAUUUCUUUCCCAAACUCCCUUUUUCGGUGAUGUGGCAUGGGUAAUAUUGGUAUGUGAGUGUGUGUUCAUCUCUAUUUUUGGAUCUGUGCAUGCGUGAGCUCUGAGUGACGGUGUAGUCAGUGUGUGCGUGAUGUGUGUUCUCUCGUGGAAAUUAAAGUUGUGCGUGUAAAGCCGUGUGUAUGCGUGUUCUCCUCUGUUGAGGUCUGCGUGUGAGGUGUGUGUGAAUCAGUGGUGCGUGAAUAUGUGUAUAAGAAGACAAUGGAGAUAGAGGAGAGUGUAUUUCCUGAGGUAAUGGUGUAUGGGUGAUAAAGUCGGUCUUCAAGGGAAGGUGUGUGUAUGUUGAGUCUGUUAGUGGUGGGGGCCCCAUUCUAUUGUGAGAUCUGUGUGUAUUAUAUAUGUGGGUUUUUUGUCUUGAGCAAAAAUAAAAGAGUCUAUGUGAGUAUUCUGUGUGGUGUAUACAAUGUGGUUAAUAAAGAAAAUCAAUGGCAUCAAAAGGUCAUGAUAAUGAACGGCGUAAGAAAGCUAAGAAAGGACCUGAUAAUCUUCCCACGGGUCAAUAUACAACACCAUCACCAUCACCUGUUACCACAACUCUUCAACCAGCUACUACAAAUAUUCUUCCUCCUCCAAGGGCAACUAUUUCACUACCAAAUGCAUUUUUCAUGCCCCCACCGCCCCACCAGUUCCAUCCAUCUCCCCAAAAUAGUCUGUGUAGUAGUUCUUCGUAUGUACCUUCAACAUCAUCCACACCUAGCCUUUCUGGAAUGAAAAUUGGAGGUCCUAGCACCUCAACAUCGCCAUCCAUUGAUAGUGCUACAGCGUCUAAUGCUCCAACAGCCGCUACCCAGAUUCUGAAAUUUAAAGAGGUAGUAGAAUAUGACGGCAACGGAAGGCUAAUUAUCGUCCCUGAUGGUAAUGGGUUCAUUCCCUUAUAUAGCACCGGAUAUAUGGUUAUAGAAGCAAUUAAACCAUUUUACACGGAGCCGUGGGGUAGUUGGAACGAGAUUCAACUUGACAUCAGAAUUCUUAUGUGGAAACAGUUUGUGUUGAAAGUAGCUCUACGGAUCAAAGAACACUUGUAUGAGGCAUGGAAGAAUUUGGAAAAACCUGAUUGGCUGAAUGCUGAUGUGUGGGUCAAGUUCUUGAAAAAAUGGGAUACUCCUAAAUAUAGGGCAGAGAGGGACAAGCUAAGACAAAUAGAGCGUCUUCAAAGGGUGGCUAGUUGAACACUGGAGGUUCGAUGAGUUUCGCUACCCACCGACUAAGACAGGUAAUAUUAGCUUAAAUUUCUGAUUUGUUUGAUUCAGUUCAAUGUUCUAAUCAGUACUAAUCUCUUGCCAAAUAAAGAACACUUCUACACUGUCAUGGAUGAGAUAUUUAGCUUCGUGAAUACUUAGUCACUUUCAACACUCAAAAGUGAACCUACUGUCUUCAUUCUCUAUGGAAUUGACCUCAACUCCAAGUUGGGUAAAAAUUAUAUUCAAUAGUAGCUAAAUGCUAUUGACCUCCAAGAUGUAACCUGUGUUAAAUGAUAGUUGAUUAUAGUUAAAAUGCUUUUGUACUAGGUAGACUCAUUUGUGGUAACAUCAUAAUGAGUCAUGAGUUUAUCAAGGGGUAUAGAAGGAAGGCCAUAAUUAUAGUUAAUUAUGGGAAGCAAAUACAUGCAUGUAUACUAAGAACCGGCACCGCAAUGGAUGCUAAGUUUUCAAAUUUGUUGGUUGAUACGUACUCAAAUGGCGAAAAUGUAACAUAUGCACGAAGGAUUUUUCAAUUGGAUGUUGAUAGAGAUACUAUUCUUUACAAUACCAUGAUAGCUGGUUAUGCUCUCCACGGGUACGAAAAUAAAGCUAUUCAGCUUUUCAGUCAGACGACAGAGCAAGGUUUCCAACCUGAUGAGGUCACUUUCCUUGCCCUUCUAUCAGUUUGUUGGCACCAUGGAUUAGUAAAAUUAGGAGAAGUGUAUUUCUUUUCCAUGACCCAAGAUUAUAAAAUAUCACCUGGAUUCGACCACUAUGCAAGUAUGAUAGACUUCUAUGGAAGGGCAAAUCAACUUGACAAGGCAGUAAGCUUGAUGGAAAUGUUGCCUAUGGAACCGGAUGCUAUAAUUCUGGGGGCAUUUUUAAAUGCUUUCAAAAUGAACAGAAAUGCUGAACUUGCAAAAGCUGCUGAGGAUAAGCUAUUGCAAAUUGAGGGAGGGAAUGGGUCUAUACGCACAGUUGGCUGGAAUCUGUGCCUCGGAGGGGAAAUGGAAUGAGAUGGAAAGGGUAAGGAAAAUGAUGAGAGGAAGAGAGGCCAAGAAAACUGCUGGUUGCUGUUGGGUAUACGUAGGAGACACAGUUCAUACAUUUAUCUCGGGUGAUAGAUCUCACACGGACAAUAAUGUCAUAUAUAUUAUUUUAGGAUGUUUGAUCAAAGAAUUAUCUAAACUAUCAGCCAGUAUAUUCUUAGAAGAAGAGAUCUGCACAUUCUCUUGAUUAGUAAUCUCAAUACAGAUCAUUGAGUUACUUCUUUUUCCAUUUACAUGCCUUUGGCCGGAGCGAUGGAGCUGUAUUGAUCAUGUCCAUUUUAUUCCCUUGAGCAUUUUGCUUAUUCUAGGGUUGUUUGACCAAUGUUGAGCAAACAGGAAAUUAGUUAGAUUUUCAUAAAUUAAAAAAAAUAGUGUUGUACAAUAGUUUCAUAUUUAAAAUGAUGAAGAAUUUCUACUAUAUUGGAAACAUGACUAUAGAUGUUGUUUAACAUGUCGGCUUAGUGUCAUUUCAAUUUUAUUUGAAUGUACUAUAGACAUUUAGCAUCACUUGCUUAUUAGACACGUCUCUUUAUAUCUCUUCUAAUCUUUUUUUUUUUGGUAAAUAUAUCUCUUCUAAUCUACAAUUGAAUAUCCACAUUUGCCACUUUCUCUCUUUUGUUUUCAAUGUAGUUCUAUUAUCUUUUGCAGCUUCUUCGUUUCCAACUUCCACCAUCUUCUUGCUUGGCAAUUCUUUAAGUCUCUCUGGAUUUUAACAACUUUUCUCUGCUAUCUACUUCUGUAUAUAUGUCCUUUCUAUUUUGUUUUUAUGGUUUUCUUGUAUUAUAUGUAUAUAUACAUUGCUUACUCUAAGGCAAUAUUGGUUACAUAUUUUUACUAAUAUGCAAUUAACAGUUCUAUACUUCCCUCGAAUUUCAAUAGAAGUAAUCAUGCUUUGCUAUUGUUACAGUACUUAGAAACAAAGGUUAGCCCAAUCAUGUCAUGAACAUAACUAAAGAAAUUUGAAUGUGAUGUCUUUUAUUCAAUGGCAAAACAGAGUUGUUAAAAAGUGUGUUGUUUGCUAUACAAAAAGUGUGUUGUUUGCUAUACAAACAUUCUGGUCCCAAGUGUUCACUUUGCCUAAGAAGCUCAUACAACCCAUAGAAACUAUAUGCAAAAGAUUUUUUUUAGACAGGAUCAGAAGAGGUGUCAAAGAAGUCUCUCAUAUCUUAGGAGAAGUUGUGUAUGCUAGUGGUAGUAGGAGGUCCCAAUUUGAUCAAUAUUAAGCUGUGGGACAAAAAACUUCUAUGAUAUGUAAGUUUCUUUGGCAUUUAUGCACUGAUAUUUUGAAGGAAUAUGAAAAUGGGGGAAAAGAGCCCGCUUUUCUUGCGGUCUACGAAGAGACGCAUAGGAAGAAAAAGGACGGUACAAGAGGAGAUUGGGUCGAAACACGUGCUAAGGAUGCAUAUUUAAGAAGAAUUUCAAAAAAGCUUAGAAGACCCAACCUACUUCUGAGGAUGGUAUCAUGGUCCAACCAUUACCUGCAGAUAUGACUAAUAUGUGGACAGCUGUGGUAGGUGGUCCAAAGAAAGGUAGAACGGGACAGGGGUUCUCCAAUCUUUGAGCAGUCCAUCGUUGUUUCCCAAUUCCUCUUCCACUUUGCAAACUAUGAAAGAAAUGCAAGCGAUGAAAAAACAAAUUAUGGAAUUGACGCAGCAAUGUGUAGCUAACGAUGCUAAGCUUGCUAAAUUUGAGGAGUUGGUUAAGAAACACAUGCCUCAAGUAUUUCAUGAUGAGGAAGAAAGUGGAUCUGAUGAUAAUUAGAUUGUAGUUAUUGUUCUUGUUUUUGGUUGUGACAUUUAGAUGUUUAAACUAUUUGAUUUGAUGUUUUGUUUUGGAUGUUUUAACGUGGUUAUAUUUAUAAUUU